UGAGCGGAGGGGUCGGCUGCUCUGUUAAAAAACCUAAGGGAGUUAAAAUGCACCGGCGUCCCGGAAUUCUAGGGUUCCGCGUUGGGAAUCGGAGUGCGGGGGAGGCAGGGGAAGGGAGAGGUGAGGGAGAAAAGAUGCACAUAGGGUUUAGGGAUAGGGAAGCUGAUAGAUCGGGAGCAAACUCGAGGGAAGCAGCAGGCAGGGGUCGUCAUUACGGAAAAUCAGCGGGCCAAUUUAGAUUUUGAUCGUCUUCCGUCAAUCGCCGCCGGGAUUUAUUUUCUGGCUUUUUUGGUUCCCAUUUCCGCCCAAACACUUGAGCAUCUCCCUCUUCAUCCCGGUUUCGCUCAAAGUCAUUGUAUUCGAGAACCAAUCUUCCCGAUUAAGUCACCAUUAGUGCAAGCUGGGAAGUCUACGACGGGAUCGCGGCUGACAGAGACUACUGAAAUCCCAUCUUUCUGAUCCUUCCAGAAACCAUUGAGGUGCUCGUGCCAUUCUUAGUCUUCGCUCGUCCCGGAUUUACUAAAUCUGCCGAUUCACGGUAUUUACUAAAUCCCGGAUUUACGGCAAAUCGGCGUCAUUUUGGGAUUUACGGAGGUGCAUUUUGCCGUUUGGAAAACCAGCUAUCAAACAGCCCCUUAAGUGGACGGACGCAUUUUACGGAGGAAAAAUGAUGUUUGGUGGAUUUACAUUAAAUCCGGACGUAAAUCCACCCUAAAUUGGCCUACCAAACACCCCCGAAGUUUUGAGAUUUCACUUUAGAUAAGAAAACUUUGUUUUUGAAGAAGAAGGGAUUUUUUGUUCAUGAAGGUCUGAAGCUGGGAAACCUCAGCCUGGCUUUGUAUUUUGGGGAAAAGAUUGGCAGUUUAAUUCUUUCCCAUGGGCUGUAUUUGUUCAAAAGAAAUCGAAGCAGAGGAAACUGUUGUGGAUUUAAUCCAGGGCGCAAGAAAAUCCUUAAAACGGCUUGUUACUCCUUCGAAGAAGGAGAAUGCUGCUUUAUCGACUGAAGCUGAAGCUGCAGCUGCUGGAAGCAUUGGGGUCAGCACAAGACCUGCAGCUAAGCCACAAGAGAAGGUGCCCUCUUUGCCUAGACAGUCUAAUGGAGGUGAGAACAGUAGUAUUGUGGCCACUUCGGAUAGAACAGGAAUGUCUGUUGUGCACCAGAGAAGUAGGACUGUUGAUGUCAGAGUUGAUGGGGAAAACCUCCAAUCGAAUAAUUUGGUUGCAGAGAGCAGUGGUCGCUCGAAUUCAGGGAUCUUUGAUGUGCCGAUUGGUUUUUCUGGUGAGCAUGUGGCUGCGGGUUGGCCUGCAUGGCUCACCAAUGUUGCACCAGAAGCAGUGAAUGGUUGGCUGCCUCGAAGAGCGGAUUCAUUUGAGAAAUUAAAUAAGAUUGGACAAGGAACUUACAGCAGCGUGUAUAAAGCCCGAGACCUUCAAACUAGAAAAAUAGUUGCUCUCAAGAAAGUUCGUUUUGUUAAUAUGGAUCCAGAGAGUGUUCGUUUCAUGGCAAGGGAAAUUCAUAUUUUACGUAAACUCAGUCACCCUAAUGUUGUAAAGCUUGAGGGGAUAAUUACAUCAAAACUGUCAUGCAACUUAUACCUUGUAUUUGAAUAUAUGGAUCAUGAUCUUGCUGGACUUGCCGCAAUGCCUGGCAUCAAGUUCACCGAGCCACAGAUUAAAUGCUACAUGCAACAACUAUUUCAAGGGCUUCAAUACUGCCAUAGUCAUGGAAUUUUACAUCGAGAUAUAAAAGGCUCUAACCUUUUAAUUGACAAUGAUGGCAUCCUAAAAAUAGCAGACUUUGGCCUGGCGACAAUUUUCAACCCUGGCCAAAGACAAUCAUUUACAAGUCGUGUUGUGACUUUAUGGUAUCGGCCUCCUGAGCUCUUAUUGGGUGCCACUGAGUAUGGUGUUGCUGUUGAUCUAUGGAGUAGUGGCUGCAUCCUUGCAGAAUUGCUUGCAGGAAAGCCUAUCAUGCCUGGAAGAACUGAGGUUGAACAAUUGCAUAAAAUUUUCAAACUCUGUGGAUCCCCUCCAGAAGAGUAUUGGAGAAAACCAAAGGUACCCCAUGCUACUAUUUUCAAACCUCAGCAAAAAUACCCUCGCCGAAUUGGUGAGACAUUCAGGGAUUGCCCUCCUUCAACUCUGGCUCUUAUCAAUACUCUUCUUGCUAUUCAACCAGAGGAUCGAGGAACUGCAUCAUCUGCCCUUCAAAGCGAGUUUUUCACAACAAAGCCUUUUGCAUGUCAUCCUUCGAGCUUGCCUACAUAUCCACCAAGCAAGGAGUACGAUGCUAAGCUUCGAGAUGAGGAGCUUAGAAGGCGAAAGGCUGCAGCUCGCAAUAUUGAGGCAUCAAAAUCUGAGAAGAAAGGUGCAGCAGACCAAAAGACUAUUCCCGGGCAGAGAUGGCAAGGCCAACCAAAUACCAAAAGCGCAAGCGAUAAGUACAAUCCUCCUGAAGAAGCUGGGUUGGGGUUUCCCAUUGAUCUUCCUGAAGCUCAAAAUGGCUUACCUAACCCAAAUUCCUCAAUGUACCAAAGUGCAUUUGGAUCCUCUUGGAUUAAGAAGGAUGAUGUGAGGAUGAUUAACCGUGCAUCGAGUACGGUUAGAGUACCAAUUGGUGCUCAGUUGAGAUCACAGAAAUCAUGCAUACCUUCAAGUAGUGGCAUGGAGUUCGCCAAUACAAGUGGUAGUUUGAAACCAAAUGAGAGGCGACGUGAGCUUGUUAGAACUUCCUCUACUCAAAAGCGAGAUGCGAUGAAUGGAAGCCUAGAAACUACAGUAGGUUAUGGUGGUAAAAACAAAAAAAUCCAAUACUCAGGCCCAUUGAUGCCCAAAGGUGGGAAUAUGGAAGAAUUGCUGAAAGAGCAUGAGAGACAAAUCCAACAGGCCGUACGAAAAGCUCGUCUCGAUAAGGUCAAGUCCAAGAAGCACUAUUAGCAUGAACCUGCCUGAUGUCAUU